GUGAAUGCUUCAAUCCUGCAGUCGCAAUGAAUCAUCAGUUGAGUGUACAUUUUAUACUUUUUAGCUUAAUAUUUUCUAUAUUUUAUUAUUGUUAGUUAUACUGUUAAUAUGAUCUUUACUUUUGUGGGCAUCUGUCGCUUACUUCCAAACAACAUAUCACUGUAUCUAUGUAAUGACAAUAAAGCACUGAAAUGGUGUUACAGUCCAUGUUAUUUUAUAAACGGAACUUGGUGAUGAUGUCACAUUGGGGACUCCCCUCAGCAGAGAGGCUAUAGAAUCUUGGGCCUCCAAUACCCAACAUGAUGUCAUGCACUGCUUUAUGGGGAAAGAAUAACGGCCACUUUUUCCAUAUAAUAUAUUACCUAUGUUUUGUGGUACCCAACCAAUUCAAAUAUGAUGGAUAAUACCUAAAUGUGUACAACUAACAAGAAAGUGGUGAAAGUUCUUUUAAAUUCUGUUCUUUUAAACCUGCACAACCACCUUUAAACUCUGUUUAGACAUACAGCUGUAUCUGUAUUAUGACAUCACAAUAGCUGAAUAUUCCAGUUUCACGAAUCUCAUGGUUCACUCAAGAUUGAUCAUUUCUGAAAAGCAUUUUCCUGGAAUCGGUUGCUGUAUUAUGUAUUUGUAUUAUGAGAUCAAGAUUUGAAGCCUACUGAUACACGUGGCUGUGCACACACAAGCCAUAAUGGCCAGAGGGCCAGGGGGUGACUGCCCUGCACAGCACCCCAAGACAAAGGACACGAAGGCACACAGAUGGAGGCUACUAAUCCUCAGCUUCCUCUGCUGUGCUGUGACACCUCCCACGGAGGACAGUGUGGAGGUGGGUGAGGCCCGCCAGAAGACCCACACUGUUCUCAACACCCCCGACACUGACAACGGCCAGAACAUGCUGACUGCCCGAGAGAUUAACAGGAGAGUGAGGGAGAGGAAAGCCAGGAGGAAGCUGCAAGGCAAACGCAAAAGAUCCAAGGCUGCCCCAUCCGCUGACGCACACUCCACUUCCGUUCCACACACCCAGCUGUUAAAGGAAACAACCCCUGCCAGCAAAACCAAAGACACCGAAAGCCAAGACCAAAAGAUCAUGGAUGCUGAGACACAUACCAACCAGACUACUCUUCCGCAUACCCAGCUGUUGAUGGAAACGACAACCCUUGCAAGCGAAUCCAAGAAGAUUGAACCACACCAAAAGAUCGAAGAUGCCAACAACCAUAAGAGAGUGGGGAGCUUCCCACACCCACCUCUGAGGAGCGAAGAGCAACCAAAGCCCAGCAAGAAGGACAUGGAGACGCAUCGGAUUGUUGACGAGGGCAGAAAAGAGCAAGAAGCAAAGCCUACCAAGAAGCUCAAACAGCACCAGGUUGUGGACGAAUUCUCACACUUUGAGUUCAUGAAGGACCUCGCCAAGCUUCUCCUGUACACCCUCUUGGUGUUUGGCUUGGUCUUUGCCGCCCUCAGCUUGCUCUGCUGUGCUGUGGCACCUCCCACGGAGGACAGUGUGGAGGUGGGUGAGGCCUGCCAGAAGACCCACACUGUUCUCAACACCACCAGCACUGACAACAGCCAGAACAUGCUGACUGCCCAAGAGAUUAACAGGAGGGUGAGGGAGGGGAAAGCCAGGAGGAAGCUGCAAGGCAAACGCUGGUACUACCGCCUUUUUAGAAGAUCCAAGGCUGCCCCAUCCGCUGACGCACACACCACUUCUGUUCCAAACACCCAGCUGAUGAAGGAAACAAUCUCUGCAAGGAAAACCAAAGACACCAAACAAGACCAAAAGAUCAUGGAUGCUGAGACACACACUAACCAGACUACUCUUAUGCACACCCAGCUGUUGAUGGAAACGACAAGUGCUGCCAACAAAACCAAAGUCACAGAGCAAGACCAAAAGAUCAUGGAUGCUGAAACACACACAAACCAGACCACCAUUCCGCACAUACAGCUGUUGAAGGAAAGAACAACCCCUGCCAGCAAAACCAAAGAGACCAAAAAAGACCAAAAGAUCAUGGAUGCUGACACACACACACACCGGACUACUCCUCUGUACACCCAGCUGUUGAAGGAAAUGACAACGCUUGCUAGCAAAUCCAAGAAGAUUGAACCACACCAAAAGAUCGUGGAUGCCAACAGCCAUAAGAGAGUGGGGAGCUACCCACACCCACCUCUGAGGAGCAACUUGGAGGAACCAAAGCCCAGCAAGAAGGACAUGGAGACGCAACGGAUUGUUGACGAGGGCAGAAAAGAGCAAGAACUAAAGUCUACCAAGGAGCUCAAACAGCACCAGGCUGUGGACGAAUUCUCACACUUUGAGUUCAAGAGGGUGUCCAGGAGAAGGUUGGUGAGGUCCUUCAUGGUGUUUGGCUUGGUCUUUGCCAUCCUCAGCUUCCUCUGCUGUGCUGUGGCACCUCCCACGGAGGACGGUGUGGAGGUGGGUGAGGCCCGCCAGAAGACCCACACUGUUCUCAACACCCCCGACACUGACAACGGCCAGAACAUGCUGACUGCCCGAGAGAUUAACAGGAGGGUGAGGGAGGGGAAAGCCAGGAGGAAGCUGCAAGGCAAACGCUGGUACUACCGCCUUUUCAGAAGAUCCAAGGGCUGCCCCGUCCGCUGACGCACACAGGACUUUCCAGGACUUUAUAAUUUGAAAUAAUAAAUCCUGUAACAGAGUUAUGCAACAUCACCUCA